UUUAUAUUUGACAUUGCAGCUGACAACUGUGAACCGAUAUCGCGUUAAUGUUAUGUAGGUACCGAAAAUAGUUUUUGUUAAUAUUAAUAAUUACUAAAUACGAAUUUACAUUCGAUGAGGUAGUACGUAGUAUUGAAUCAUUAAAAAAGGACCAAUGCCACUAACUGCUCGACAACGAAGUAUUCACAAUAAAAAUGGAGCUAAACGUACUGCUAGUUUUACUAAAGGCAGAAGAUCGCAGAAAUCUAACGAAGGAGAAUAUCUGUUUACAAAUGCUCCAUCAGACCUUCGAAGUAUAGCAUAUCCUGGAGGAGCAGUGGCCCUAGCACUGCUCCUGUCAGCUCGCCUUGCAUCUGCUUACUGGGGACAAAUAGCAGACUGUGAUGAAACUUACAAUUAUUGGGAGCCAUUGCAUUAUCUGGUAUACGGCAGGGGUCUUCAAACGUGGGAAUACAGUGCCCAAUAUGCCAUUCGAUCAUAUAUGUCUCUCUGGUUGUUUGCCGUACCGGCUAAAAUACUAUCCCUCAUAAUGACUCCUGUGACUAUAUUUUAUACUCUGAAAGCACUACUGGCAGUGUUGAUGGCUUGUUCUGAACUGAUGUUUUAUAAAGCCGUGUGCCAUGAGUUUGGGGUCCAUGUUGGUCGAGUGUGGUUGUUCCUGAACCUUCCAGCGGCUGGGUGCUUUGCUUCAUCAGCUGCUAUGUUACCGUCGUCUUGGAGCUCAGCGCUGGUGACGGCGGCCCUCGCUUGUUGGUGGCGUCGUAGAUAUCCGCCCGCUAUCUUCCUUAUCGCUGCCACUGUACUACUAAGUUGGCCAUUCACAGCACUCCUGGGUGUACCGAUAGCGGUGGAUAUGUUGUUAUUCAAAGGACUUUUUAAAGAAUUCAUUAAAUGGUCAAUGAUAUCACUGGUCAUAAUCCUUCUCCCGACUGUUGCUGUGGACUCCUGGCACUACGGACGCCUUGUGGUCGCUCCGUGGAACAUUGUAGCAUAUAAUAUAUUCACCGAGCACGGUCCUGACCUGUAUGGCGUUGAGCCGUGGACCUAUUACUUUGUGAAUGGAUUCCUUAAUUUUAAUAUUGUAUGGGUCUUAGCUCUGUCCUGUCCCCUACUACUGGUCGCGUGUUCCCUUAUAUCAACUCGAUCGUCGCGUGCGUCGUUUUGUAUCCCCUACUGGCUUAGUCUGAUGCCAUUGGCCUUAUGGCUGGCCGUGUUCAUGACGCAGCCGCACAAAGAAGAGAGGUUUUUAUAUCCUGUGUACAGUAUGAUAAUACUCUGUGGUGCAAUAUCCUUGGACUGUCUCCAGAAGAUGACCUUCGCUGUCGGAACUGAACUGCUUCGGUGGAGGAAGGAGAGGGAAAGGCGACAUUAUCUAGUGUACACCGGGCCACUCGUAGUCAUGUGUGUCUUGUUGGCCGGACUGUUGAGUAUAUCCCGUAUAAUAGCGUUACACAGUCAUUACGGCUCAGUUUCUUCGUUGACCAGCCACGUGUCCCCUACUACAGCUGCUAGCGCCACCAACGACGUCCUCGUGUGUUACGGCAAGGACUGGUACCGUUCGUCUUCGAGUUUCCUAGCUCCUGGGCACGUGAGGUUCAUCGCCAGCGAGUUCGACGGACAGCUACCCGCGCCAUAUUCUGUCGGAGCCAAUGCAACCCGCGUGAUACACCCGUACUUCAACGACCAGAACAGAGGCGAUAACCGCACGUACCUACAACCGUCGGAAUGCCAUUACCUCGUGGACUCGGACGCGGGUAAACCGACAAGGCUUCAACCACACUUCCACAAGAGGGACGAAUGGGAGAUAGUUGCGAGAGUGCCGCUACUGGACGCUGACAGAUCACACAGGAUAUUCAGAGCCUUCUAUGUGCCCGUGUUGACUAACAAGAACUGCGUUUACGCCAAUUUGUACUUAUUAAAGAACAGGCUUAUAGAGUUUUAGGUGCAAUUUCGCUUGAACGUAUCUCAUAAGCACGUUUUUACAGCUAUCCUAUGUUAACGAGAAAUUAUAAUUUAAAGGAAUUGUAUUUAUAUUUUUUAUAUAUUUUUUUUUUCUAAUGCAUUUAGAAUACAUUUAUUUUUGUGUUAUAUUUAUAUUAAUAUUUUUUCUAAGUAAUUAUAUAGUUUUUUUGUAAAUGUCUUUUUAUCUUAUUUAUUCUUACUAUGAAGCUAGUCAUACAAAUAGCCUUUUAAGUACACUCGUCUCUUAUAUUAUUUAAGUAACUUCUAUGGUAAUUGUAAAAUAAUAAAUUUAAUAAAAAAAUAAUCAUAUAUUCGGCACAGUUGUUACACAAUUAAAUAAUAACUUAUAGUUUUCUCGCUGAAACUACAUACUGUCGGUUUGAUGUGUUCGUAAAUUUAUACAAACAAAUCAACGAAACGGCCACACUUAUGCGAGUUAUAUUAAAUUAAGUAGUUGCCAUAAGUAAAAAUGAUAUGAAAAAAAAAAUACUGGUCGAUUCAAAUAAUAUAAGCAAUAUUUGUAAUUGUUAUAGAACACCAAAAAUAAUAUAAGGAUAUUUUUUAUCUUUAUAACCACAGUAGGUAAGAUUUUUAAUAAAGAUUAUAUAAAUGA